AUGCGAACUCGAGCUCUCGCCUCGCUGCUUGCUCUACUCGAUGGUGUCAAUGCGAGUGUCUUCCGUCGACAAUUGCUCAGCUCGGAAGCUUCCGGAGCUUCGGAUCAACCACUCGGGGUGAAGGAGCCCGGACGACCCCAAUUCAACCUCUGGCUGGUGCUUCCUUUGACUGUCGGCUUCCUGGCCAUCAUGACAAUUAUCUGGAUUGGACUUUGUUAUCGUCGAUAUCGGAAGCAACGCCGCAGUCGAGAGCUAAUGGUGCAGUCUCCUGUGCUCGAUCUGCCCUGUUCGGAACCGUACGAGUCCAACGAGCAACCAAAAUCAGCACCUUCUAGUGAGGGUUGGCACACCUUGUCCUUAGACACCAACGCAAAGCCCUUCGGCCUUGACCAAACAUUUCGCGUACCGCCAAGAAGCAACGAGGUGGACACGUGUUUACCAACAUUACUCGAAAGUCUGGAUCUGGCUGGGAAACGUAUCCCAACCCGGAAUCUCCACAUCAAGGCGACGUUAUCGACUGGAGCGUCCGGUGAAGUGUGGCUCGCCCAGUACAAAGGCCGGCGCGUCGCUGUCAAGCAGUUACUUCGAACAAACGAGCGUACUGCGAAGGAUGUUAAAAAUUUUGUCGAGGAAAUCAUACUGAGUGCAAGUUUGAACCACCUGCAUGUUGUAUCAUUCAUAGGAGUGGCAUGGAGCAGUCCAGAGAACCUGUCAAUGGUGAUGGAGUACUGUCCGAUGGGCGACUUGAGGAGGUUCUUGGUUGAGAGCGGACGGCUCUUGUCCUGGUCACGAGACAAGAUCCGCAUGGCCGUCGGGAUUGCUCAAGCUCUGCGGUAUAUUCACGGGCGAGACUCGCCAAUUAUUCACCGAGAUCUCAAGCCCAAGAACAUUUUACUAACUGACACUUUAGAGGCAAAGAUCAGCGACUUUGGCCUGAGUCGAACUCGUAGAGAAGGCUUCAUGACGGCUGGGGUGGGAACGCCGUACUGGAUCGCACCGGAGAUUCUGGAGGGCAAACGAUACACCGAACUAGCGGACAUUUACUCGUUUGGAGUGGUUUUAUCCGAGCUGGACACGUGCAAGACGCCGUUCUCUGAUGUCGUCACGGCAGAGGGGAAGAAACCCAAGCCAUUGCAGAUACUACACUGGGUUCUAGAUGGAAGAUUGAGUCCAUCUUUCACUGAUAAGUGUCCGAGGUGGAUCAGGUCGGUCGGAAUGCAGUGCUUGCAACAUGACCCAGGGCUUCGACCGACUGCAGCUGAGCUAACGCAAGUGCUGUGGAUGGAUGUUCGUCACAGAAUUUACACUCUAUAAUGGCUGCUACGAUGCAGUAUCGCAGGGAAUAUUUACUACACUUGAUACUGUACAGACUUCGCUUUGAUGUCGAUGCGAGACCGAUGCGAAGCCGGUAUUCUUGACGACUCGAAAUACUGGGGUUACUUCCGACGAGAAGUGUAAGUGGCAGGCGUGACUUGAGAAGAAGGAGGUUUUCACUUCUUCCAUCUCCUGUGUGAGGAUUCCAUGUUCCAGUUGUUCUGGUGAAUUUGGUGUCGAAGGCGAAAUGGACUCAUUUGCACCAAAUCAAACCACGACUGAAAGAAGUUUAGCCGAUAUAUAUAUAUUGAGGUCUUCAAAGACAAAAACACAUCCCGAGUUUUUGCUUAUUCCGGAC